AUGUUGAGGACCGCAGACACGGCGCAUCAGCUGCAACACUAUUGCGACGCGUUCGACGACCCUUUCGGCGGAACCACCGCGAGUCUGCAGUGGUACGACGGCAGCGGUUACGGUUACGUCGCCGCGGAGGAACAUUCGGCCGAUCGUCGGUCGGCCAGCGGCGGUAGCGACGGGAGUUUCGGCGGCGACGGUGCAAACGCUGACGCGGUGGGUAGCAGGAAACGCCGGCGGUUAGCGGCAAACGCGCGCGAGAGGCGCCGCAUGAACGGCUUGAACAAAGCGUUCGACCGGCUCAGGGGCGUCGUACCCGCCGCCGACGACGAGCGCAAGUUGUCCAAAUACGAAACGCUUCAGAUGGCGCUGACGUACAUCGUGGCCUUGCACGAACAGCUCGGCGGAACGCCAUCGGUGGCCAGCGGCGGUGCGAACACUACGAAACCUUCGGCGACGACGGAGCCGUCCACGGCGGUCAUGCCCGCGCAUUACGCUAAUUGUGGCGUACCGCUGCUGUGGCCACCGCAACAGCAGUAGACGACGGCGGUACGUUACGGGCGGCCA